AUUGACCCCUGAACAAUAGCCAUGCUAGCUUGUCAGCUAGUACAUUUCCACCCUUAAUUUCCGUUCUGUCUUGUAUUGUCAUAACCGUUUCUGUUAUGAUAAGGACAUGCACUAAGGCAGAUAUAUACUCUGAUAACAAAGAACUGAAGUUAGGAAACAGCAGGCCAUAGUAUGGCUGGGAUUAAAGAUGCAUAUCAACUUAUAGACCCUGUAACGCUGAGUCUUCGAGAAGAAAGCAGCACAUCCCAGUUUUACUGCAGCUCUGCCAAGGGAUUUCACCCUCAUUUGUCCACUUUGGUGGAGGCCUUUUUGGUUGAGGUGUUUCGCUGCCGAGUGUGCCAGUUUACCAGCAGUCUGAAGACUAGCAUCUGCAGUCACAUCACCGAAAGCCAUUCUUCAACAUUAUCAUCACCAUUAUGUCACAACCUCUCCUGCCAGGAGAAGGAGGAGGAGGAGAGCUUGACCGAGCUUGACCAAAAUGCCUCUCCUUAUGAUCUGCAUUCUGGCUCCAAAAAUGGUGAGGACCACAUGGACAUGGACCGCAUGUUCCUGCUCCCAAUGUAUGGCAUUUUGCAGAACAUCAGCUCACCACCAUGCGAUAUCAGUUUGAGUGCCAAUUCCGACAGCAACCUUCAUGUGGCCCAGACGUGUGAGGUGAGCACUUUGUUUGAUGAAGACAGACACAGUGAUGAAGAGAAUGUCUUUCAGCUGGAGGAUUCCAGCCACGGACUCCAGGGGCCUCUUUCUGCUGAUAUCACCUGUGCUGAUGAUGAAGAAAUGGCACAGUCGGCUCAUUUAAUGACUCUUGGCUUGUGCAGAAUCUCUAGUGCCAAAUGUCCCUCUCAGCCUGUCCCCCUGUCUGUUCCUUCAGGUGGACAAGAUGUCUUAGAGACUUCCCUGGAAGACAAGCAGCCCCUUUUGACCACAUCUGAAACACAAAAGCAGGCUGAAGAGGAAAUGGGGCUUUCUUGUGUGUUUUGUCAGGCAGUCUUGGCUAAUCAUAGCCUCUUAGAGGUGCACUUGAAAUGCCAUGACGGUGAACAGGGGUUCAAAUGCCCACGCUGUGGCUGGGCAGCAGGAGACUGGGCCGAUAUGGAGUGCCACUGGAAGAGCCAUGCAAGAAGGAAGAGGUCUAAACACCACAAGUGUUCUUUUUGUUCCCGAAUGUUCAGAAGAGCAAACUUAUGUGACGCUCACCAGAAGAGGCAUAACCAAGCUCGGACGAAAUCUUCUCAGAAACAGUGCUUACUAUGCUUUAAGUGGUGCCGCUCGGGGCAGGAGUGGGAGGUACACCAGCGCUGCCACUUUCAGGGAGGCUUUAAGUGCUUGUAUUGCGAUUUCACAGAAAAAGCUUGGAAGAAGACGUACAAGCACAUUCUUCAUCAGCACACCCAGACCGAUGGAGAUUUACACCACGACGUUUCCUACAACGUAUCAUCAUCCUCCCUAAAGUUUGGUGCUCCAUUGACAAACAGUUACUCCAAACGCCUGGGUGAUGUGCAGGUGGAGUCAUGGAGACAUGCAACAAAGAUGAGUGAGGUUGUAGAAAAGAAGAAAAGUGACAAAGACAAAAAAGACUAUGCAACGGUCACCGAGCAGGAGAUAAGUGUGGGAUUAAAGACCCCUAAACGGAAAGACUUCUGCUGCAUGCUGUGUGAUAAAAAAUUUUCCACCAAGCUGACCAUGCGGCGUCACAUGGAUAUUCAUCGUGGGGAGAAGCCUUAUCAGUGCCUUCGCUGUCACUACAGUACCAGACUGAAAGCCUCGCUCAUCCAGCACAUGCGUGUCCACACAGGUGAAAAGCCUUACAAGUGUCCCCAGUGUCCAUACGCCUCCAUCGACAGGAGCUCUCUGAGACGACACUCGCGGACACAUACUCAGGAAAAGCCCUACCGCUGCCAGUACUGCCCCUACAGCUGCAUCCAAAAGAAAAGUUUGGACCUCCACUCACGGCGGCAUCACACAGGAGAGUCAUUCCCUUGCCCACUGUGCCAGUAUUCAACACCGGACCGACAACUGUUGCUGCGCCACACACGCAAACACCACACCACUGAGAACACUUCUGUGCUCAGGACAAGGAGUGCACCGCCUUCUAAAAGAGCUCGAAAGUCCAAAUAACACAGGCUACAGUGUUAGGACUGCAGUGAUUAGGAAAAAAUUGUGGAAAAUACCUUCGAUUACUUAACCAAUGACAAAUCUAAGUGUCUAUUUUUGUGUGGAAUGUAAUACCAGGUGUAGCCGUUGGGGGCAGCAGUAGUGCUGGGACUUGUACUGUACUACACAGGGCUAUCAUGCACAGACUUUAAAACAGAUCGAAAGAUUUUAUUUGCAACAUAUAGGUUUCUUGAUUAUCUAAGAAGCUCAUCAGAGCAAAUGUGAGAAAAGGUUUAUGUGGACAUGACAAUUUUGAUACACAAUUUUGAUAUAUAUAGAGUGAAUGAGUGAGUGAGUGAGAGUGUGUGUGUGUUUAGCAAUUUCAUUGAUUAUUGAAGCCAGUUAUGUUAUUUUGUGAUUUAAUAUAGUUGGGAUUAAGAGGGAGAGAAAAAUCUGUUUAAAUCCACAAAUGUAAAAAAAUUCACACUCCAUCUCCUGUUAUUUAAUAGAAAUAUCAAAUUCUUUUUCUGUAAUUUAAAUUGGUUGUUAUUAUAACAGGGAAUAAUCGUUACAGAUUACUGCUAGGAAAACUCAGUAGAGUAAGAUAUUAAAAAAUAUGUCAUUUAUCCAAAAAUAUUUUGCUUAUUUAUUACACACGUAAUUGAAUAUUUAAGUAUAAUUUUUUUCAUCCCGACAGACUACUAUUAAAAUAUUUGCACUUCCAAGUGGACUUGUUUAAGCAAUGUGAUUGUUGUGAAAUAUCAUUUUUAAUGCAUUUUUAUCUUUUGGAAUAAGAAUAAUCAUAUGAUAAGAGUAAAAAGAAUUAUUUUAUGAGAAAUA